CCUCCUCCAUCUCCUCCUCCUUCCAAGAACCUCAAUAUGACCACCAAAUAAUACAAAAAAUACUUGUUUACAUUAUAAUAUUAAUCUUCAAAUCAACUUCUCUUUGUUUCUUGGAAUGUGCACCAUUGUAAUUCAAUGCUUGUUCCCACCUCACUUGGUCUGCCAUUGAUCUCUAGCACUUGAAGCAGCAGCAUUCAUGGAGACUGGUUCAUCAAGAAAAGCAGCUGGCAAGUCUUCUUCUAGUGUGUUUUUCAGGAUUUCCCAGCUUUGCAAGCUGAGAUCAGUGGGAGUGUUUUCAUCCACUGAAAGCAGGAAACCAACACACACUGAACCAUUGGAGGAGACUUUGGAAGAGUUUGUGCUUUCUAAGCUUUUUUCCAGUAUUUCUGCUUUGAAGUGUGGUUAUGUUGAACUUCAGCAAGCUCACAUCCCUUAUGAGCCUGGAAAAAUCAAAGCUGCUGAUGAAGUUCUUGUGUCUCAGUUGGAGUCUUUGUCUGAGCUUGAGCAUUUUUAUGUUGAGAAGCAAAAGGGUGAGUUUUUGGAGUUUGAAAAACAUCAGGUUGUUUUACAGGAGUUGCAGGCUCACAUCCAAGCUAAAGAUGCAGAAAUACUUGGAUUGAAGUGGGAGAUUGAGGAGUUGGAUUGCAGAAAUGCAGAAAUGAUGAAGUUGGUUGAGAAUGGUACUUGUUGUGUUUAUAAAGAGUUAACACCAAAUGUUUUCUCUGAUGUCUUUGGAUUGACAUAUAAAUCUGUUCAUCGUUUUGCAAAGCUUGUUAUUAGUUUGAUGAAAGUUUCUGGUUGGGAUCUUUCACUUGCAGCAAAUUCCAUUGUUGGUUCUGUUGUUUUUUCGGAAAAAUCGCAUAAGAAGUAUGCAUUUGAAGCCUACAUUUUCCGGAAAAUGUUAAGUUGUGAGGAGGAGGUUGAAUGGUUGGAAUUAGACCAUUUGAAUCAAAUUAUGAGUUUCGGAGAUGCAUUUGAUGCUUUGAUGCAUGAUCCUGAUUCUAGUUAUGCGAAAUUUUGUAGAUUGAAGUAUCUACAACUUGUACAACCAAAGAUGGAGUUUGCAUUCUUCUCUAAUUUGCAUCAAAGAAUGUUUGUAUCAAACGGUGGGCACCCGAAGACGGCAUUCUAUCGAGGAUUUGCGAGAAUGGCAAGAUUGGUUUGGUGUUUGAGAAUCAUGGCAUGUUCAUUUAUUCCGAAUGCUGAGAUGUUUUAUGUGAAUAACAGGGGAUAGUAUUCAGAGAAUUACAUGGAGAGCAUUGUGAAUUUGAAGAUCAACUAUCUCGAAGAGAGGCUUAAGGUUGGUUUUACAGUAAUGCCAGGGUUCAAGAUCGGCGAUAAUGUUGUAAGGUGCAAGGUUUAUCUUUGCGGUAUGAAAUUCUCCGAUGAUGCGCAAUAGCUUUUACAUUUCAGUAAGUCCUUACUAUUCGGGGAAUGCAUACGACCAUGUACAAGGUAUGAAAGGCAUUUUGUUUCACUUUCAA